CUAUGUGUCAGAAUGUUGGCUACACUAAUUCUUAACAUACCUUCAGACCGUGUGAAGCUAUGACAAGUAAGCUUCCAAGCACACCUGCAUUUAACUAAAGUUAAUUAUCCUCCACCUGGUUGAACUGCUUUCCUCGCGCUCCUUUUCCACCGCUCGCUCUCUCGGCAUUUUCUUCAACAGACUACACAGUACCUGGGCAUUUAAAUGGUGACUUUGUGUAAACAUUUUCAGACACUGCUCUCAAUAACGCCAUUAAUGACAGUCAUGUCGUUGAUACAACGUGCAGCUGCUGCGCAACCGGUUUGUUUCUGUCUCGUUCUUCGCUUUUUGUCGCAUUGGAUUUAAAGGAGAAGCAGAGUUGGGUAUUAUCAGGAAUUGGACUCAAGUUAUAGCUGGUGGCUGCCUCUCUGUUGCUGUGUGGUGAAUAUGGGAUAUCGGAGAAAAAUGAUUGUCAGUAAUUCGAACCGUGUCCUCCGGUGAAUUUGGGAGACUGGACGCAGAAACCCCCCCGGCGAGGAAGUCUAGAGACGCGGAGAAGAAACCCCUUGGACAAGCUCGGAACCAAACUGGAAGGCAUCCAGCUGGCAGACUGAGCAGACAGCAGUUGGCUUCACAAAUCAGAGGAGACAGUGAAGGACACUGGGAUAGCCUGUCAAGACAUCCACCCCUGCUGGAUAAUGGGUAACCAUGCUGGCAAAGACAGCCAUGGCCCUACAGGUUCUCCUUUAGAUUUCUUCCACACGCCUCCUACCACACCCUCAGAGGCAGAGCUGACUGCCAUGGCCUUAUCCUCCGCAGCUUCCACUAAUAAGGCACAGACGCCAUCACCGACUGACAGCACCACCCCCUCCACCGCCACUCCAGUCGGAGACUGGACACAGAAACCUUCUGCUCCCACAGAAUGGGCCGUGAUUAGUGUAGACAGCAUCAGCCCCUCAGAGACAAAUGUGAGCAAUGCAGCAGGGAGACACAGGAAAGCAGUGGUCAGCCCAGCGUCUCUGCCUCCAUCCAGAGGAUCACCUUCAGAGCAGAGCUGGCAGGAGAGAGACAGCGGGCUGGAGCCGCAGGCUGCAGCAGACAGAGUUGGAGAGGAGAUAUCCCUGGUUUUACUCAGUCUGAUGGAGCACUACAGGGCCUCAGUACGCCUGACGCCCAGCACUGAUGUUACAACAGGAGCUGUCGAGCUGCUCAGGCGGUUGAUAACAGAGAGAGAUGAGCUGGUUGAGGAGGUGGACACACUGAAGGAGACACUGAGGACGGAGAGGUUGGAGUGGCAUCAGUUCCAAAGUGACCUGCAGGUCGCGGUGUCUGUGGCCGACCGGCUGCGGGUCGAGGCGGAGCAGGCUCUGGGUUUACUCCAGGAGAGCCACAGGGCCGUGGAGGAGCAGCUUGCCCAGGCCCUCGGCAGACAGCGGGAGAGCGACAGAGAGCUGGAGAGUCUGAGAGCUGAGCACACAGACGUCUGCAGCAAGCUAACUGAACUCGCCCUGCAGCAGCAGCAGCAGCAGGAGCGAGCCGAGCUGGAUGCUCUGAGAAACGCAUGCAGGGUGAAAGACGUAACAGAUGGUGAUAAACAGACAGAGAGACAAGACUCUGGGGAGGGGCAGGGGAGGGAAAUGUGCAAAGUUAUGGAGGAAGCUGAAGAAGAGACUGAAGCUAAAAAUGUGGAAAAGCAGGAGAAUGAAGCAAAUGAAGAUGUGGAAACUGAAGGUGCAGGUCACGAUCCUGAGGAGGCAAAUGGAGCAGGGAGCAUGCAGCUGAGAGGGAAGGGGGUAGCGGAGGGAUACCUUCGUAGUUUAGCUGCACUGGAGAAAAGGAAAGAAGAGGAACGUGGACAGAGAGAUCCAAGGAGGAUUGUGAUGCUCUCUGAAAGAUCUUGGAGUUUAUCUCGUCUCCCCCUCCCAACUGACUCCUUCAGUCAAAAUGGCACCUUAAAAAACACAAGCACAACAUUGCCGCUAUGCAAGAAAGAGGCGCCAGCAAAAGGGAGGAGGUUGGACCGCAUUUUACAGCGGCAGGACAGUUGGUCCAGCUUUUAUACAGGUAAACAGGAUGAGGACCAAAGCUCGGAUUCCAUCAAACCUCAGGAUGGUUUCAGUGCUCUGCUGCGGCGUCAUGGUGGCUCCAGAAGAAACUCCCUGCUGCGCUGGUGCCAAAGUCAAACACAAGGUUAUAAGAAUAUUGAGAUCACCAACUUCAGUAGCAGCUGGGAAGAUGGUUUGGCGUUCUGUGCUGUUUAUCACACAUAUUUACCGAGUCACAUUCCCUAUGACAGCCUCAACCCAGAAGACAAGAAGGAAAAUUUGGACCUCGCUUUUAAGACAGGAGAGAGUGUGGGAAUCACAGCCAUACUGACGGCAGAGGAGAUGCUGAAGGCAGACGGACCGGACUGGCAGAGGGUACUGGGUUAUGUCGAAAGCAUUUUCCGUCACUUUGAGAUGUGAAGUCAUCUCCUCUCGUCUUGCUCUUGGUUCCUUUUUUAUCAUUGUCACUGAAGUGGAAGGACUGAACCACUGUUCACCACAAGAGGGAGCUCUAUUAAUAAUGAGCUCGCCAGCCAUGAUUUAAAAUGUAUCAGCAAUAUUAGACUUUAUGAUGUGAUUUUAUGUAUCGAAAUGGCUCUUGGCUGACACCGAGAUGAAGGAAACUGUGUUUUGCCCUUGGAAUACUUUUAUUUUUCUACAAACUGUACAUUACAAUCACACUGGAUUCAAAAGCUGCUGGGUGAAUAUGCACAGGAAACAAACAUAUUUAAGGUAUAGCAGACUAAUGACCUGCUCAACAAUUACUUUCACAAUUGUUACUGGGUGCUGGGUACGCUGGUUUUUGCACUUUUUGCCUUUUUUUUUUCAAAAAAAGAGCACUUUAUGAUGUUGUAUUUUAAGUGGAUGAUUUCAAAGUCUGGGGCACUUAAGUUGUAUUUAUCCUGAUGAAUAAAAAACUUAGUUAAAUCUCUCCUGCCAUGAUACACUGCUGUCAUAUCUGCAUGCACCCAAAAGUAAAACCCACAAAACAAGGAGGGGGUGGACAUGAAUCCAGAUUUUAUAUGCUGUAAUAGUGAUGUUUUAACCUUAAAAACUACAGAGACUGUGUAAGGAAAGCCUUUGAGGAAUUUGAGGAAAUGUAUAUAUGUAAAUGUGUGUAAUCGCUUCAGUAUUUUUAAAAACAUCAAGAUGUUGCUGCCAAAGUCUUAUUGCAAUAAUAAAGUUGUGUAUAAUAUAA